GAGUGGGCAAGACCGAGGAAGCUACACGAGUUCAUUCAGACACAGUGGAAGUGGAGAGCAAUACAACAUAAUGCUGCUGUGAGGAGGCCGGUGUUUUUUAUUGUUAUUAUUAUUCAACACUAAGUAUUUUCAUCAGAUUGGACCAAAAGUUAUUAAUUUACCGGCUUGAAAUGGCUCGAGGAGAAGGUGCCGAGCAGUACUCCGCAACCUUACUGGUGGCGACAGCUAAACCCACGAAGACAGAAAUCAAGGCGGUCAAGUCCAGCGAGCAGAGGAGCGUCACACAGGAGCAGAGGAGGAACGGGCUGUCCGUGUGGAAUAAACUGUGCUAUGCCUUCGGAGGAGCUCCCUACCAGAUAACGGGCAGCGCUCUAGGCUUCUUCCUCCAGAUCUACCUGCUCGAUGUGGCUCAGCUGGAUCCUUUCUAUGCCUCCAUCAUUCUGUUCGUGGGCCGGGCCUGGGACGCCGUCACCGACCCGACCGUGGGGUUCCUGGUGAGCCGGAGCAGAUGGACCGGCAUCGGCCGUAUGAUGCCCUGGAUUCUUUGCUCAACUCCAUUUGCGGUACUGACUUACUUCCUGAUCUGGUACGUGCCUCCGUUUGAGGAAGGGAAGGUCAUCUGGUACCUGGUGUUUUACUGCCUCUUCCAGUCAAUGCAGACGUGCUUCCACGUGCCGUAUUCGGCGCUCACCAUGUUUAUCAGCAGCGACCAGAAAGAGCGGGACUCCGCCACUGCCUACCGUAUGAUGGUGGAGGUGCUGGGCACUGUGUUGGGCACGGCCAUCCAGGGACAGAUAGUAGGCGGCGUCUCCAGUUGUCCCACCGAGUCCGGCGGCUCCAACAGCACCAACGCCACAAUGAGCGCCAUAGUUUCACUGGAAGAUACAAAACGAGCGUACUUGCUUGCUUCAGGGGUCAUCUGCGUCAUCUACGUCAUUUGUGCCGGAAUACUGUUUUUUGGUGUGAAGGAGGAAAAAGAGAGCUGUCGGAAAACCUCGGGUCCGCCGCUCACCUUCCGCCAGGGCCUGUGGGUGAUUGCGAGUCACGGACCGUAUGUCAAACUAGUCAUCGGCUUCCUCUUCACAUCCCUGGCCUUCAUGCUGCUGGAGGGAAACUUUGCCCUGUUCAUCACCCACGCUCUGGGCCACAGGAAGGACUUCCAGAAUAUCUUGUUGGUCAUCAUGCUAUCAGGGACUUUAACCAUCCCGUGGUGGCAGUGGUUCCUGACUCGGUUUGGGAAGAAGAUGGCUACGUACUGCGGCAUCUUGUGGGCAGUACCCUUCAUGAUCCUGAUCGUCUCCGUCCCGAGCCACCUGAUCAUUUCCUACCUGGUGUCGGUGGCGGCAGGUGUGAGUGUGGCAGCGUCGUUCCUCCUGCCUUGGUCAAUGCUUCCAGAUGUUGUGGAUGACUUCAAAGUUCAAAAUCCAGACGUGCACGGCCAUGAAGCGCUCUUCUAUUCUUUCUACGUGUUCUUUAUCAAGUUUGCGUCUGGCUUGUCUCUGGGCAUUUCUACUCUCAGCUUAAAAUUUGCUGGGUAUGUGACGGGUCAGUGCUCCCAGCCUGAGGCGGUCAGCUUCACCCUGAAGAUCCUGGUCUCUCCUGUCCCCAUCGUCCUCAUCGUCAUCGGACUUUUGGUGAUCAAGACCUACCCCAUUGACGAGGAGAGGAGGCAAGGCAACCGCAAGCUACUGCAGGAUUUGUUGGACUCCGAAUCGGAAACGUCACAACUGGGAACCAGUGUGUAGAUGCUGCUAUGGACCCUCAUCAGGACAGACUGAAGACUCCAGACCUACACAGCUGCCUUAUCACCAGCAUUAACCUGCUGCUUACUGUAAAUCAAGUAGGUUCAGGGCGCCAUCUAGUGGCCAAAGUAUUGUGUUCAUUGCCUUUUCCAUCUGCUGUGUCCGAGUUCAACUACAACAAAAAACACUGGUAUGAAAACAUCUAAGCGGCUUAAUGUUUCACUACCAAGGAGCCAAACUGCCAGCCAAGCCUGUAUUUAUCUCCAGUCAUUGUUUACCGGGGUCACUUGGAUUUGUCUAAAUGUCAAAGUCAUGUUUUUCCAAAGGUUUGUUGUUUACUGAGAUGUUCUACAAGUUGUUUUUUUCCCCCCUUAUGGUUCUGUUUAAAGGUCUUACUCCACUUCCCCCCUUGUCUGCUUUACCUCAGCAAAUCUUAGUUACUAAAUUGAUUUUGUGUUCUUGUCGCUUAUGAUCUAUUUAUGUACUGGUUUGUAAGAUCUGACUGUGACUCCUGCAGACAGGGGAGGCGCGUUACAUUCAUCGUUUACCGUUUCCUAAGCACUCUUUUAUGAUAUGUUUGGAGUUUUACUGUUUUGGUCAUCUGAAGAACAUUUCUCGUUUUAUAUACUUGAAUUCUCUGAAAAUGAACACACUCAUUGUUUUUUUUUUGUUUUUGUUUUUUUUGUACCAAAUGAAGGAAAAUCUAAAGUUUAGCUCAGUCAAUGACAGCUGCUGUGAGAUUUUAGAUUUUUAUUUAUCUGAUGAUUGUUUUCUGAGCAAAUGUAGCCUUUGGAUUCCUUUGGCUCUUAAUGUGACGUCUCAAAAAAUAGCAUCUGUAUAAGAGGUCAUAUUCUCACAUACUAAGAGGGGAAAAGGCUUUAUUGAAAUAUUUAUACAAGUUGUCUAAGGGAUUAUUAUUUACCAAUGAAAGCACAUUUUUGUAAUAUAUAAACACCACCACAGUGGAUGCUGGUGAUUCUGUAAGCAGGCAAUAUUUAAUUACAGCAAAAAAAAAAA